GGAGUCAGUCACGGAUCUUCGCAGAUCAGUAAACGCACUGAAAUGGAAGAAGCUGAGGACAUUUCAGUACCAAUCUCCGACUGGAGAACAGUGUCGGAUCCAAAACACGCUGCGCGGCUAUUUUCCCAAGACCUUCUUCACCGCAACAAAGAUUCAAAAUGCCAGUUUCUGAGUGUGGACAUCAGGCGAGACAAGGAGGAGCAAGACCGAGCUUUAGUCACAUUCUACAAGAGAGACAACGUACAGUGGGCGUCGCCACUUCAGUGCAAACUUCAAGGUGAUGCUGCGACAGGAAGUGGAGUCAACCGUCACAUGAUGUCAACAGUGAUCUUCAAGCUCAUAAGUGGAUUUCAUGCAAACUUAGGAAAUGCAGCCAUCGUCAAAAUCUUUGAAGGAGAGUCCGAUCACCUAAUACCCUCCGUUUCACAAGAACUGCUUGACAACAACAUGUUCACCGUCGCCGGCCGGAUGAUCGGCCAUUCCUUCUUGCACCACGGCCCCAGUUUCCCAGGACUCAGCCCAGCCAUCGUACACACUCUGUUGGGAGGUCCGCUGGAGACCACUCCAGUGACAGUACGAGACUGCCCCGACCUCGACAUCCGCGACAGUGUGAAAAUGCUUGACGGAGAUGCUGAAUUAACAGAAUUCGACUCCGUCCGUCGGCUCUGCCUGUCGUGGAAUCUGCCAGCACCGAAUGCCACCAACAGGAAGUGGCUGUCGGAAAAGCUUCUGUUUCACACUGUCAUUGAGCGGACAAGGCAUCAAAUCAACCAGUUCCAGAACGGUUUAAAAGAGACUGGACUGUGGCCACUCCUCAUACACAGGAGGGAUGUGAUCCCCAUCCUGUUUCCCAGGGAAUCAGAGGCACAACUCACACCUCAGAUGAUCUUGGAUUGCAUCAUAUGGCCUUCGUCUAUAACCAUCAUCUUUGAGAGCUACAAAGAAUUGGAUGAUGAUGAUGAGUCCGCCAUCACGGAUGUACAUCGAGUGUCUGGCUACUUGAAAACAUUUGUUGGAAAUGCGUCUCCAGUUGAGCUAAAGCGCCUCGUAAAGUUCUGGAUAGGCUGGGAGUUGCCAGCCACAGAGAUGAAGGUGGAAGUAGUGGAGGCCUCACUUCCCACUGCCUCAACAUGUUUUGAGAAGCUGAGGCUGCCGAGGCAUUAUGCAACAUACAAAAUAUUUCAUCAAGAUUUGUGUGCAUGCAUAUCGACCAGUUACAGCGGCUUCGGCUGUCCCUGAGGUGGAAUAAUGCUCUUUACGUGCGAGUGUCGGCUGAAUGUGUGGCACUUGUUGGUGUGUCUGUGGCGUGUGUGGUGUGUCUGGUGUGUGUGGUGUGUGUUUGUGUGUUACAAUUUGCAUAAUAAA